AGUCGCCGCCACCCAACACCCCGCCUACUUCCUUGCACGCAUCACGAUGCCUUCAUCCUCGGUCGUCCCUCACAAUGACCCCACGUUGCUCUUCACGAAUGCGGGCAUGAACCAGUUCAAGCCGAUCUUCCUCGGGACGAUUGGCAAGACCGAGCCUCUAGCCCAGCUAAAGCGUGCGGUAGAUUCGCAGAAGUGCAUCCGCGCCGGUGGCAAACACAAUGACCUUGACGAUGUCGGCAAGGACAGCUACCACCAUACGUUUUUCGAAAUGCUGGGCAAUUGGUCCUUCGGCGACUACUUCAAGAAGGAGGCCAUCCAGUGGUCAUGGGAACUUCUGACCAAAGUUUACGGCCUGGACCCGGCCCGUCUCUACGUCACCUACUUCGAGGGCAAUCCUGAGCUGAAUCUCGAGCCGGAUCUCGAGGCCAAGCAGCUCUGGCUCGAUGUUGGUGUCCCCGAGGACCACAUUCUUCCGGGCAACAUGAAGGACAACUUCUGGGAGAUGGGCGACCAAGGGCCGUGCGGUCCCUGCAGCGAGAUUCACUACGACAAGGUCGGAGGCCGGAACGCUGCACACCUCGUCAAUCAGGACGACCCGCUGGUGGUGGAAAUCUGGAACAACGUCUUCAUGCAGUUCGACCGCCAGAAGGACAAGUCGCUCAAACCCUUGCCCGCGAAGCACAUCGAUACAGGCAUGGGCUUCGAACGCCUAGUAUCUGCCCUGCAAAACAAGACCUCCAACUACGCCACCGACAUCUUCACGCCGCUCUUCGCGAGGAUACAGGAGGUGACUGGCGCUCGACCGUAUGCUGACAAGUACGGCAAGGAUGAUGCCGACGGAAUCGAUACCGCUUACCGUGUCGUCGCCGACCACAUUCGCCUGCUCGCGUUUGCAAUUGCCGACGGUGCCGUACCGAACAAUAUUGGACGGGGUUAUGUGGUCAGGCGUGUGCUCCGCAGAGGCGUGCGGUAUGCCCGCAAGUACUUCAACGCCGAGAUUGGCUCCUUCUUUUCAAGCGUUCUACCGGCGUUGGUUGAGCAGAUGGGAGAGCAAUUCCCCGAACUCAAGAAGAAGCAGGCGGAUAUCAAGGAGAUUCUGGACGAGGAAGAGGUGGCGUUUGCGGUCACGCUGGAUCGCGGUGAGAAGCAGUUCGAGAAGUAUGCUGCCCUCGCGGUCAAGUCGGGCGAGAACAAGCUCUCCGGCGCCGACGUGUGGCGUCUCUACGAUACCUUUGGCUUUCCCGAGGAUCUCACGAAGUUGAUGGCUGAGGAGCGUGGACUCACCAUCGACGAGGCCGAGGUCGAAGUAGCCCGCGAGAAGGCACGGGAGGCGAGCAAAGCGGUCAAGGAGGCCGUCACGACAUUCCCCAAACUCAACGUGCACCAGAUUGCCGAGUUGGAAAACACCAUCAAUCUCCCCCGGCCGAAUUCGGAAGCCAAGUACGAGAAGGGUGACACCAAGGGCAAGGUGCAGCUCAUCUUCACUGGCACCGAGUUCCGGAAGACAAGCAAGGAGCUCCCGCCCAAGACUCCUCUCGGCCUGCUCCUGGACAGGACCAACUUCUACGCCGAGUCCGGUGGCCAGGUGGCAGACACGGGCAGGAUCAUCAUUGACGGUGUCGCCGAGUUCAAGGUACUUGACGUACAGGAGUACGGCGGUUACGUUGUGCACAACGGCUACCUUGAGUACGGCGAGCUCACCGCCGGCGACGAGGUCAUCUGCGAGUACGACGAGCUGCGGCGCCAGCCUAUCCGGAACAACCACACCGGCACGCACAUCCUUAACCAUGCGCUGAGGGAGGUGCUCGGUGACGAGGUCCAUCAGAAGGGAUCGUUGGUCGACCAGGACAAGCUCCGCUUCGACUUCAGCCACAAGAGCCAAGUCACAUUGGAAGAGAUCAAGAAGAUCGAGGAGAUGUCGAACGAGGACAUCCGGAAGGAUCUCAAGACGUACGCAAAGGAUGUCGAUCUGGACCUAGCCCGCCAGAUUGAGGGCGUACGCGCGGUCUUCGGCGAGACAUACCCCAACCCCGUGCGCGUCGUAUCGAUCGGCGUUGAUGUCGAUGAGCUCCUCAAGAACCCCAAGAACCCCGAGUGGCGAAAGUACAGCGUGGAGUUCUGCGGCGGCACCCACGUGGAAGCCACCGGUCUCAUCAAGGACCUGAUCAUUGUCGAAGAGAGCGGCAUCGCCAAGGGCAUCCGGCGUAUCGUCGCAUACACGGGCGACGGCGCCCACCAGGCGCAGCGCGACGCCAAGACCUUCGCCGAGAAGCUCGACCACAUCGAGGCGCUCGAGUUUGGGCCGCAAAAGGCGGCCGAGAUCAAGGCUGCCGCGGUCGAGCUUGACGCGCUCGCCAUUUCGGCCUUGACCAAGGAGCAGCUGCGGCAGCGGUUUGCCAAGAUCCAGAAGGAGGUCGUCGACGAGCAGAAGAAGCGCCAGAAGGCGGAGAGCAAGACGGCGCUCGACACGGUCCAAGGCCACUUCAAGAAGGAGGAGAACAAGGAUGCCAAAUACUUCGUCGGCCACCUCCCCAUCUCGGCCAACGCCAAGGCCAUCGCCGAUGUCAUGACCUACUACAAGUCCAAGGACAAGGAGCGGACUGUGUACGUGUUUGCCGGCAGCAAGGAUGAUGCUGUCAUGCACGGCGUCUAUGUCGGCACGUACCUCUCGUCCAAGGGCAUCACGGCCGAGCAGUGGACCGCGGCCGUCACCGAGGUCAUUGGCGGCAAGACGGGCGGCAAGGAGCCCAGCCGGCAGGGUGCCGGUGCCGAGCCGGCCAAGCUCGACGAGGCCGUCGCCAAGGCGGAGCAAUGGCUGGUCGAGAAGAUGAAGGAACUCAACAUCUAAGACACUCGGUUACCGUGUUUCUUCUCAGGCCUGCGAUAUGGUCCUGGCAGUAUCGGGUCAAACUAGGUUUAGACUGGCGAAUGAGGACAUUUAAUCUGGGGCAAUCAUGGCUUUUGGGGUUUCUUGCUGGUGACACGUGGGUGGGCUCUGAAGAU